AUGAAUUCUAUUGAUUACAUAACACAUUCUCCACUUUUCUGUGUCUCUCUGUCAGAAGUGGCUCCCAUCUUGCAGGGGGGUGGAUGGGGGCGGCAGGUGGUGUUGGAGGGAAACAAGCUGGUGCUGACCUGCCCGGCCGGUGGCAGCUGGCCUCUGCAAUACCGCUGGACUCUCAACAACACCAACAUUACUGACUGGACAUCAGAGUACAGGCUGAUCAUGCCAUCGUUGAAGAGGACUGACGCUGGUUUCUAUCAGUGUAUUGUGAGGAACAGGAUGGGAGCCAUAAUUCACAGGAGAUCAGAGGUGCAUGUGGCCUUUUUGGGGAAUUUCUCUGCUGUGGAACAGAGAAAAACAGUAACUCAAGGCCGAGCAGCCAUCAUCAGUCCGCCUCCUCUUGCCUCGUUUCCUCGACCUCUUGUCACAUGGUACAAAGAUGGCCAUAAGAUCAUCCCCGACAACCGAAUGUAA